UUCAUUCUUGAGCUCUUGACCUUCGUCCUUCGUUCAUUUCACUAGUUCGGUAGUUCCACUUGCAUCGCUUUUCGCUUUACGGUCAUGCAUAUCGUGUCCGGGUUUCAGUGUAAGUACAGUAAGUACUAUGUACGCUGUUGGAAAUUAUUGUAGAAACUAAGAAGUGUCAGAAAUCGGUUUCAUUACGGUCAUUACUACAAUGAAAAAGUGUCAUGUUUCUGUUAUCAUCAGUGUCUACUACAGAUUUUUUUCAAUCAUCUCAACAUCACAUGAAUAUCAUUUCAUUUCUUGUUUAUAACCUUGGAUAAAUUUUGCAAAAUCGGUGAAAUCAGUUUUUUAUUCUUGUAUUGUUCAAUGUGUUUUUGUAAAUUUCGGUAACUUUUCAAUCAUGUUCCUGUUUUCGAAAAUAAUUCAUCGAUUCAUAUCACAUGUUAAUCAUUUCUGUGCAUUGUGUUUGAAUUCAAGUCGGAUGCAAAUUAUGAAUUUGUAAAAUUUCGAUUUGUGAACAGUGGGGCAGAGUGGCGCGAUUACUUCUUGCCGUUUAUCAUAAAAUGACCACAGGGCUUCGACAUAGUGCCACAGAACCUGGAAGUUUACAAACAGAUCGUUUUGUCGAAGCGAUGCCGAAGAAGAAAAGUCCUCAACUGCUUUCCAAAAUGAAGAACACUACUGGAACUGCAUCAGAAUCGGAAGGAAGCUUGGAUAGUAGCCCUUCUGUGGAAUCUUGUAAAGAAUCUCACAAUCAGAAGAAAAUUACGCGCCGAGGUUCCGAAUGGGAAAUUCUAGAAGGCCUGAAAGAGGGGCAGCGUUUCGAUAAAAAACCAGAAAUGUUUUCCGGCUAUCUUCACAAGAAACGUAAAUGGCCGCUGAAAGGAUGGCACAAGCGUUACUUCAUAUUAGAUAAAGGAUUACUAACCUACGGCAAAGGUCCAUCAGAAAUUGCUCGCGGUAAAAUUCACGGACACGUUGACAUUGGUUUAUCUGUGAUAUCUACGAAAGGCAAAAGAAAACGUAUAGACAUCGAUGCUGACGAAUUUAUCCAUCAUUUGAAGGCCAAACGUCACGAAAAUUUUUUGCAGUGGGUCGAACAAUUGAAGAAGCACCGUUUGUAUAGGCAACACGUGUUAACUUUUGGCAACGUCAGACACGUACAAGGUCGCAUACUUAAAGACAUGACUAAACCCAUGAAAGAUACAACUCAAUUAUUGUUGCACGGUGGCCAAAACAUGAAAGUGCACUCUCCUCCUCCUCGUCUCACUGCUUGGGUGAUGGAUUCAAACUCGCCGUUAGAAAGAGCAUCUAAAGAAUUGGAGCACGUUCAUCAGCAUUUGCAUAAAUUAUCGAGCAUCUUGAAUCAGAUUGAUAGUUUGAUGGUCGAAAGCGAGGUACAUGAGGUGGUGUCUUUAAGCGACGGAUUGUCUCCAAAUUCGAAAAAGGAUAAAAGAAGAUUCGGAUUACGUAAAAAGAAGAGCAACAACUGCAGUCUAAGUUGGGGUGGUAACAAAGGCAGUUCCGGUGAUUUAACGAGUAACGCGAAUUUAACAACUUGUAGUCCUUGUAAAAGUGGUUCCGUUCAAGAAGCAGAAUCAUCUUCUCCAGUUUCCACUUGCUCGUUAACUGUGGGCCUCACUUCUAAUAAUACCAAUACAUCAUUAUCGAGCAGUAAUCCUGCUAUCAACAACACCAUUACUCAAACCAAUCGUCAUAUUUCCUUAUCAACUCCAUUGUCCGCCGAUGGUCAUCCGGAUUCAAUUCAAACUUGUAGUGAUACGAAAAUAUUUAGCGACUAUGUUUCUUUGGCGAAAGAAAUACACGAAAAUCUUUACGCGAUUAUAAAAACUUUGUAUACUGAACGAGAUCGUUUGAAGACUGCUUUGGAAUCUGAUUCCAAUAAUAGUGGAUCUCAGGCUGUGAUUAAAAAUUUACAAAAUAGUUUAUUACAAACUAUACAACAGAACAAUGAAUUACGAACAAGAUUGAAUAAUAUUCACGCCACUUCGGAUAUUAGUCAAUUGAGUGAUUCGCUGUUGAAACAAUCAUUAUCCUAUAAUUCAUUAUAUGUUAGUGCUUCGGAUAUAUUUUUCGAUGCCGAAGAAUUCCAUAACGUGACGGAUAACGAAAACGAACUCGAAGACAGAGUUAGUGUUCCAGAAACCCAGAUCGCUGCCAGUGACACAUCCUCCGAAGCAGGUUCUAUUUCUAGCGAAGAAGGUUCCAUGUCUUCGGAAAAUAGCGAAGGAGCUGCUUCCGAUUAUAAUUCUCAACAAAAUGUGAUAGGAAAUACGGGUAAUGUUGAAAACAUGACUGGACAUAGAGAUAAAUUACCAUGCCCGAGGCCUAACACAGAAGGAUUAUCUUUGUGGAAUUUAUUACGUCGAAAUAUUGGUAAAGAUUUAUCCCAGGUGUCGAUGCCGGUUGCUUUGAACGAGCCUCUCAAUAUGCUGCAACGCUUAUGCGAAGAGCUCGAGUAUUCAGAAUUACUCGACAAAGCUGUCGAACUGGAAGAUCCGUACGAAAGAAUGGUAUACGUUGCUGCAUUCGCUGUGUCCGGUUAUGGGUCGUCUUCUUGUAGAGCUGGUUCAAAACCAUUUAAUCCUUUGCUCGGUGAAACUUACGAAUGUAUUAGAGAAGAUAAAGGUUUCAAAUUUAUUUCAGAACAGGUUAGUCAUCAUCCUCCCGUCAGUGUUUGUCACGCUGAAUCAAAGAAUUUCGUAUUUUGGCAAGAUAUGCGUAUUAAAACAAAGUUCUGGGGUAAAUCGAUGGAAUUUCAACCAAUAGGCUACGUUAAUUUGAAAAUCCUGCGGCCCGAUUGCCAAGAUCAUUAUCGAUGGAACAAGGUUACCACUUGCGUUCAUAAUUUGUUUUCUGGCCAGCGCUGGGCUGAUUUAUACGGUGAAUUGAAAAUAAACAACUUGAAUCGAGAUAUAAGUUGUAAAUUGACAUUCGUUAAAGCGAAUUAUUGGUCAGCUAAACGGCAUGAAGUGUAUGGAAACGUUUUCGACGAAAAUGGUACCGUAGUGAGAAAAUUAUUCGGAAAAUGGAACGAGGCGUUAUAUUGCGGCGUUCCACCUUCAGCCAAGUGUAUUUGGAGACCGGGUACGAUGCCAGAAAAUUACGAAAUGUACUACGGAUUUACUCGUUUCGCGAUCGAAUUAAACGAACUAGAUCCAGAAACGGCGAAGCAUUUACCUAAAACGGAUACUAGAUUUAGACCCGAUCAAAGAUUAUUAGAAGAGGGCGAUCUAAAUGGUGCAGAAUCGGUUAAAUUGCAAUUAGAACAGUCUCAACGAGAAAGACGCAAGAAAAUGGAAGAAUGUAAUACAAAUUACCAACCGAAAUGGUUCAGAAAAAAAUACGACGAAGAUGGUGAAGAAAUUUGGGAAUUUGAUGGAAAGUAUUGGGAUGUUAGGAAAAACGGAGGUUUCAAUAAUAUGAAUUUAGAUCAGCUUUGGUGAUAAUUUACAGAAAAAGUUGUAGUUGUCGCGAUUCGUUGUAGUACGUGGAAGUGUGAUUAUCAAUCAAAAUUUUUUGCGCGAGGCGAAAGCUGCUAUUUGAAAAAAAAGCCUAUACGCUACGUUAUUUUUGCAAUUUUUCAAUAAUAUAUUGUAUUAAAUUGAUUAUUUAUUACAAUGCCUACCUAAGUAUAUGUAAUACGUAUUACGUACCUACCUAGUACCUACCUACAUAAUCGAAUAAUUUUUAGAUGUCAUUUUCAAAAUGUCACCUAUAUUGUUGUUGUUUCAUCGAUAGAAACGCUAAAAUCAUGCUGCAUUAAAAUGCAUCUAUUCAUAUCUAGAUGGCUUAUUCUUUAUUAAUUUGUUAUUAUGUAGUUUGAAAACAAACUUGAAUGUUACGUGGCAUCGGAUUUUUUUCUUCCAUCUUUUCACUUCUGUGACUCGUUCGUGAGUCAUUGUUCAUUAUAAUCAUGUCUUAAAUUUUAAAUAUUUUUAUUUGUCGCAUACUAGUCAUUACUUUUUACCGACGAAUAAGAUUAAUUUAUUUAUACAAAUUCCAAUAAUAAUUUUAAAUAUUCUUAACCAAUUACGUUCGAUUUUUAGAGAAAAAAAAACUUCAGAAAUACCUAUGAUUUAUUUUACUUUCCAAAAUGUGGCGUGUGGUUGUAUUAUGUGUAUUUUUUUUUUUUAUCAAUUUAAGCAAACCUGGGUAAAAAUAUUGAAAAACAUGCGUAAUAAAAUUAAACUUUUUAAAUUGUUUCGUUAAAACGAAUAUCAGUAUAUCUGAUCAAAAAAUUUCUCUCUGCUCUGUUAACCUUUCUUUCAAUUUUUUACUCGUUAUCAAAUUACCAUUUUUAUUUGUGUUGUUUUUUUCUUUUUUUUGUUUUUUACAUUACAUUUUCUUUUCAAAUGCUCGAUGAAAGUUACUAGAAGUUAAAUGAUUCAAAGUUAACCAUAGACCUAUUGGCUUUUUUGUUAUUAAUUAUUUACUUAUUUGGAUUCAAAACAGCCUGUGUUAGGAUCAAGUUUAAUAAGGUGUAAAUUCUACUUCACAGCGCAUUUUUUUUCAUUCGUUUUAAUUUUUUCAAUGUGUUGUCACUAUUGUGAUAAAUAAUUUAAGGUAAAUUACCUAUGAAUAAUAUAAACUAAGAACUCCGCAAGAUAUUUUCCUGUGAACACAUUAGAAUUGUAAAAUUGUUGAAUUUUAUAUCGAUUUGCAUUCACUACCCUUUGUUUGUCGGGGUAUAUGCGUAUAUUUCAAUAUUUUAAUUUUUUUGUCUUCUAUAAAACACCACAAUGUAUUUAUUUUUUAGUGUAGUGGAUUUUGACUCUUUUUCCCCCGGAAAAAUCGAAUCGUUUUUAAUUCAUCGAAGAAAAUGAUCAAUUACAGGUGUGAGAAUUUAAAAUAUUUUGUUUUGUUCCAUUUUAUUAAUUUUGUAGUCAUGGUGUGUAUUUUUAUAGUAUUGCUAUCGUAGAAUAUUUUAAUGCAGACGUGUAAGUUUUGCAGAAAUAUUUUACCAAUUUUAUCGUUUGUUUUUCCUCUGUUUCUCUCUUUUUUUUUAUUUUUAUCAUUAUAAUUACGGACAUUUACUUAUAAUCUUUUUACCUGUGAAGUUACAAGUGUUUUGGAAGUAAUUUAAAACAGCAGAUAAUCACGCUAUUAUUUUUAUAAGAAUAAUUUUACCUAUUUUGACAAAUACGCUCACCGCAAAGGCUGUUGAAAAUAUGUAUUUUGCAUUUUUAAAAUUUAUUUAAAUGAAAAGUACAGAAUUACAAAUAACAUCAUUUUUAAACAUUUUUUUGCCCAUUUUAAAAUAUAGAUAAAUGAGGAAGCCUAAGCUUUGAAUUAAAAUUUAAAAUAAUUUAAAUUACGAGUACAUUCGAAAGUUUUAGUUUCAUCUACGCUUUUGUUAACUUGUCUUGUGUGUUUAAAUUUAGUCACCUGUGCUCAAGAAUCAAGAACAAAUCAUCGCUCAUUUUAAAAAUCAAUAUUACGAGUAGAUUGAGUUUCGCAGAUUUGCGUGUAUUUUCAUUAAAAUACGUCCAAUUAACGAGACGAUAGUUUCUUCCAAUACUGAAAUUUCACCAAUUCGAUCAACAGAUUAUAAAUUUUCAUUCUAGAGAUUUGCUAAAACCUUAAAAUUCAAAUUCUUUAAUCGAAAUAUUAUAGAAAAAGAAAGAAUUAUUGAAAUUUUAAUGGGGAUGCUUUUGUAUUUUAACUCGUAUGCGGAUGUGUGCAUUUAGGUUAUCUUUUGCAUACUUAGAUGUUGUAAGUUGCGUAUCUUUUUCAAAUAUUAAUUUAUCAGAAGUGAUGUCUCCGGAAUAGUAAAAUUCCGAGUUUUUUGUGUGUUUGAUUUAUCACGAUUGUUUGUAUGUAGACGUAAAUGUAUUCACUUGUUGAUCAAAUUAUUCCUAUUUUUAAAUUUACCAUAUUUAUCUACUUUUAGAGUUUCGUGGUGUACCGUAUUUUAUAUUAAUUUUGAAUCAAAGUUUUUACGUGUUUUCAAUACAUCAGUGGCUCAUA